CCUUGUAAACAAUGGGCAUUCGGCUUGCUUCCCUCUCAUCAUCCUCCUCUCUGCCCAUGGCCAAAGCAUUCCCUCUCACCACUCCACCUCCCCUCACCAAACUCCCCACCAAAUCAUUCCCAAAAUGCCCCUGGCUCUUCUCCCCCUUCUUCCCUCUCUCUUCCCGAAAUACCCCUCUCACAGUAACCUUCUCUUCCCGAAAUGCCGCUCCCUCCAAAACCCCAGCCCCAAAACCCUCCCUCUUCAGCGAGGGCAGAGAUGAGGACGAGUCCCGCCUCGUCUGCCCUGGAUGCGGAAUCUUCAUGCAAGAUUCAAACCCUAAUCUUCCAGGAUUCUACCAGAAACCCUUAUCAUCACCCCCCAAAACCCCCGAAGAUUCAGAUAAGCUCUUAUUUGAUGAGCUCGACGUAGAAGAGGAAGAGGAAAUUGAUGGGUCGCAGUCAAAAUCUGAUAUUGGUUCGGAAUUUGAUGAGUUGUUGGAUCGGGGCAAACAGGAAUUUGAUGAUGAGGAUGAAAAAUUGAAGAUAGAAUUGUGCGAAUUCGCCCCUGCCGGAGCUGGGUUAGAUAACAUCGUCGAAGAGACCCCUAAGAAAUUGAUUGAUGAGUUCGACGAAGAAGAGGAAGGCGAGAUUCAUAGGUACAGUAGCCUCACCAAAUAUAGUCUUAAGGAAUUGAAGGGGGAGAAGAUUUCAGAGGCCGAGAAGAGAAAGAAGGCUAGAGAAGCUAAGAGGGAAGAAGAUUUAAAAAUGAUUGGGCCGGAUUUUGAUGAUGAUGAUCCUCUCUUAGGGGAUUCCGAUGAUGAGCUCGUCGAAAAGGAGGAAGAGGAGAUUGAUUGGUCGCAGUUAAAAUCUGAUCUUGGUUCGGAAUUUGGUAGCUUCUCAGAUUGGGACGAGGAGGAAUUUGAUGACGAGGAUGAAAAAUCGAAAAAAGAAUUGGAUGGAUUUGCCCCCGCCGGUGUUGGGUAUGGUAACAUCACUGAAGAGACUCUUAAGAAAUUGAAGAAGGAGAAGAUUUCAAAGGCCGAGAAGAAAAAGAAGGCAAGAGAAGCUAAGAAGAUAGAAGUAGAAGAAGAAAAUGUAGCCAUAGUUUGUGCAAGAUGCCACUCUUUGAGGAACUAUGGUCAGGUAAAGAACCCUAAUGCCGAGAAUCUGAUACCCGAUUUCGAUUUUGAUAGGCUUAUAUCAACCCGUUUAAUGAGACCCACAACUAGUGCUCCUUUAGUGGUCAUGGUUGUAGAUUCUGUAGAUUUUGAUGGCUCAUUCCCGAAAAGAGCUGCAAAGUCUUUGUUCAAAGCUUUGGAAGGCAAUAAGAAAAAUCCAAAGAUAACCAAGUUGCCAAAACUUGUUCUAGUUGCAACCAAGGUUGACUUGUUACCUUCUCAAAUUUCACCAACAAGGUUAGAUAGAUGGGUUAGAAACCGAGCUAAGGUUGCAGGAGCUCCGAAACUUAGUGGCGUAUAUCUGGUCAGUGCUCGAAAAGAUCUUGGGGUUAGGAACUUGCUUAGUUUUAUUAAGGAUUUGGCAGGGCCAAGAGGAAAUGUGUGGGUGAUUGGAGCUCAAAAUGCAGGGAAGUCGACUUUGAUUAAUACUUUUGCGAAGAAGGAAGGGGUGAAGGCAACUAGACUUACAGAGGCACCAAUUCCUGGAACUACAUUAGGGAUCUUGAGGAUUCCCGGGAUUUUGCCUGCAAAAGCUAAAAUGUAUGAUACUCCAGGACUUUUGCAUCCUUAUUUGAUGUCGAUGAGAUUGAAUAGGGAGGAGCAGAAGAUGGUUGAAAUCAGGAAGGAGUUGCAGCCUCGGACUUAUAGGAUGAAGGCUGGGCAAAGUGUUCAUGUUGGUGGCUUAAUGAGACUAGACCUAAAUCAUUCAUCAGUAGAUACAAUCUAUAUCUCUAUUUGGGCAUCACCAAAUGUUUCCCUUCAUAUGGGAAAGACCGAAAAUGCCGAUGAAAUUAGAGACAAGCACGUCGGUAUGAGGCUGCAGCCACCCAUUUCUUGGGACCGAGUAUCUGAACUAGGUGAAUGGAAACCUAAAGAGAUCAAAGUAUCGGGUGUGAGCUGGGAUGUGAAUAGUAUAGACAUUGCAAUCUCCGGGCUUGGAUGGUUUUCUUUGGGGAUGAAAGGGGAAGCCACUUUGACUCUGUGGACUUUUGAUGGUGUUGAAGUAACUCAGAGAGAGCCUCUGGUUCUUGAUAGAGCUCCAUUUCUUGAAAGACCUGGGUUUUUAUUACCAAAGGCGAUAUCUGAUUUCAUUGGUAAUCAGAGUAAGAUUGGGGCCAAAGCGAAGAAGAUGGAGGAGACAAAUUUAACGGGGGUAGCCCUCAGCCAAUAGCAUGGUGAGUUGCGUAUGUAACUGUAUUUGUGUUCUUUUGCUAGCUAUGUAGUUUGAAAAUUUUGUUGUUGUACCUCAUUUUUAUGUGCGUGGCUUAUUUUGAGGGACAAAUUCCCCAUAAAUGAAGAUGUGAUGAGAUGAUAUGUUAUUAUUAGGUUAAAGACAAAGAUUUAAACGGCAUAAAUGUCAUUUCCAUA